CAACGGUCCUUCCUUCUGUAACUGUCAUUUUUGCUCUGCGGUUGAGAUAGAUCUGCCUUGAUUUCUAUUAAGCAAGCAAAAUGGGUCUCGCAGGAAAGAAAAACAAGCAAAAGCUUAACGAAGAUCCCAACAACACGAAAUGGAGUCGCAAUGAGACAACCUUUGGCCAGAAGAUCCUUCGCAGCCAUGGUUGGGAGCCCGGCCAGUAUCUUGGUGCGAAGGAUGCCUCGCAUGCCAGCAUGCACUCGGCAGCCAGUUCUGCGCCCAUCAAGAUCACCAUCAAGGACGACAACAUGGGAUUAGGAGCAAAGAUCCGCCAGAAGCAAGCCGGCGAAUGCACCGGCUUAGAUGUCUUCAAGGAUCUUCUCGGGCGUCUAAACGGCGAGUCCGACGAGUCUCUUAACAAGAAACAGGCCAUGCGAUCGGAACUCAAGACGAACCUUUACAUUGAGCAAAAGUUCGGGCCCAUGCGUUUCGUCAGGGGUGGACUGCUGGUCGGUGAUCAGAUCACCGAACUAGUCAAGCACGCCUCGGAAACGAAGCAAACGGCCGCCAAUGUGCCCACCGAAGGACAGGCUGCGUCCGUCAAGGACGAGAGUGACGAAACCAUAGGGGUCAGGCCAGAGAAGAAAGAGAAGAAAGAGAAGAAGUCCAAGAAGCGGAAAGCCGAGAACACCGACGGUCUAAACGAUGCCGAAACAGACAACUCGGAUGGCAAGAAACAGAAGAAGAAGCGGUCGAGGGAGGAGUCCUCCGCAGAAGGCAGCCAAGCACAAUCCGAGUCGGACUCCGAAAGAAAGCGGAGGAAGAAGGAGAAAAAAGACAAGAAGUCCAAGAAGAGGUCCGAAGAAAUCGCAGAUGACGCCGUAGAGGCUCAGUCGAGAGCGAAAAAGGAGAAGAAAGACAAGAAAGACAAGAAAAAGCGGAAAGAGGCUGCAGAAGCAUCCGAGACACCAUUAGCAAAUACGGCCAACGUCGUCAUCACGUCCGCUGCUGUCAGUGGAACAUCCACACCCUCCGGCACAAACACGGGUACUUCGACUCCGCGACCGUUAUCCCGUCACAUGGUCAGAUCUCGAAACAUUGCAUCGAAGCGCAUGGCUAUGGCUGAUAUGGCAGCGUUGAACCAGAUUUUGUUUGUGAAGCCCGUGUAAAUAAAUGUAUAGAUCAUCGCAUAUAGCAAGCAUAAUGAUACCCAAUAAGACAAUAGACCUUGUGAA